AUGGGAUUGCCAAUGGGGAAUUCACUAUCUCCCCUCCUGGCAGAUCUCGUUAUGAAUGAUUUUAUUGUCAAAAAUAGGGACAAAAAUAAGUUCCCGUACAAUAUGUUGAAACGUUAUGUAGACGACAUAAUUCUAAUGUCAGAAUUAGAUAAGGAUCAAAUUAAAGAUUUAGUAGCGUAUCUAAAUAAAAUUGACAAGAAUAAUAUUCAGUUCACGUCAGAAUUUGAAAAUGAGUCUAACUUAUCGUUUUUAGAUGUAUUAAUUAAAGUAGACAAGGAGAAUCAUAAAUUUAAGACAACAUGGUAUCCGAAACCAACAGCAGCUAAAUCAUUACUAGAUUUUAGAAUGGGUUUACUCGAAGAAGGUCACCCGUUAACGUGGAAUCAAAUAGCCGUUCAUCUACCUGAAUUGAAAAAGCAGGCUCUAGAACAACUCAUCAGGAUUUGGGAGAAGAACAAGAAUAGAACAAACGAUACCCAAACAUGGGGCGACGAGGUAGGUCUAAAAAUCGUAGAAUUUUCACUUCUUCGCUUCGAUCAUGCUUCGAAGCGGGUACAACUUCUGCUCAAAGCACAUGAAUAUUUGCCCAAACUGAAAAAACUCAAUGAACAAGUGGAAGAAAAGUCUCAGAUUACGUGGCACGAAGAAGCGGGCGAUCAUUGUGUGGAAGGAGUUCUAUCCUCCCCGUUCGACCAUUCAUCCGCCCAUUAUUCGAUGGUGGAGGAAAGCCUGCGACGACGUCGUGAGCAAGCACAACACUUAUUAGCAAAAGAUGAAUACAUUCUAAAUGUGUGCGCUUUUCCACGCAUGGGCUGUGCAGAGUUCACCUGGCCCGUGUUGAAAAGUGAUCCUCUCUCGAGUUGGGAACAAUCGAUUUGUUUUCCUCAAGAGUUUAUAUCUCCUAUUCAUCCUCAAAUGAAAAUUGUGAAAAAUAUGGUGGAACGACGUAAAUCCAAAUUCAAAGUCAACCUUCCCCUCCUCUAUGAUCAACUAAUACCGAUGACUCCAGUCAUGUUAGCCCUCAGUGCUGCAUGUCCGAUUUGGCGUGGUUAUUUAUGCGACGUAGACACACGUUGGAAUGCUUUGUGCGAAUCAGCAGAUGACCGAACGGAAGAGGAGAAAAACAAUCAAGAAACCUUCGUCGGUCUUGUGCCUAUCAUCGAACGAUAUGUGAAAGAAGAAUUACAAGGAGUGACGGAGAGUAGUCGAGAAAAUAUCCAUCGUUAUCUUGAAUUGAUAUCGAAACGAGCAGCUGGGACAACGGCAACGAAUGCCACAUGGAUGCGACAAUUUGUAAGUGAACAUCCGUCGUACAAACAAGAUUCUCUUGUCACAGAAGAAAUACAACAUGAUCUCAUGUGGGCAAUGCAAAAAGUGGCAAACGGAAAAGAAGAAGUAGAAUCUAAAAGGCCUUAG